AUGGAGCCAUUAGUUUACGUCCUGAAUUGCAAUACUGUUAACCAGGGUCUACGUACCCUUGAGCUCUGCGUGGACAAUAUGCAGCCUGAUUUUCUUCAUGACCAUUUGUAUCAAGUUCGGGGUGACAUGUUAUUGGCGCUGUUCAAUUCACUUCAUUCGCCAAGUGAAUAUGUUCAAAAAAUGUCAUUCAAGGUUCUCGGAAAAUUAGGUCGCUUCAAUCGCACUAAUCUACUCGAAACGCAGCGACUGCGUCUGAGCUCAACAAAGGGUGAGGCAGGUCCACAAUUACGCUUCCACUUGAAUGAAUUUCGUAACCAACCGAUUGACGUACCUGUUCGAUGUCUUGUUGAUGCUGCUGUGGAAGUAUUGCAGGACUCAUCAUCUGAUGAACCCAGUAAGCUUCGCUCAUGGGAAUUCCUUCAAUCAGUAUGUGUCGCCGCCUUGAAUUUGAAUCAUUCUCAACUGUCAUCGCUGUCUGUAGAGGAUUUAUACAGUUAUUUUUUUAACGAUACAGGAGUAAAUACUCAGAUAUUGCAAUAUAUCGAUGAUAUAUAUCUUGCUUCUUGCUGUGAAACUCUUGGUGUCCAACUUAUUGGUUCAAGUUGUUGUGUAGGUGAUGAUUUAUAUCAGCAUGUAAUAGUGAUGGCUAUAUCUGGAUUAUUUUUGGCCGGUUUAAGCAAGAACUUACGUAACACUUAUGAAGACUUCAUCACAUUUCUUGUUAGACAUACUACCAUCCUUUCAAUAAUACAACAGUUUACUCCUGUUCAUUCGAAAAAUCAUCAUUUCCCUGCCUCACAGCUAGAAACACCAUUUGAGUGUAAAACACCGUAUAAGGUUGACACUACUACCGGAAUACAUUCUUCAAACGGGCUCAAUUUUUCGUGUAACAUGUCUGGUGAUUUUCACUUGGGAUCAUUGGAUUUAUUCAGUAUAAGUCAAGAACCUACAAAUCGAGUUCCGCAGACAUUGAAUGACAAAUUAUCUCUAAACAGUUUUUCUUCAUACUUGAAUCCAAAUCUAAUCAUUGAUUCUAUUAUGUUUGUUAUGGGUCAUGAAGCGAAGCAACUUACUCGAAAUAUGUGUGUACUACUUGAAAUUAUACACAAUACAGCAUUCACCUUACUAUCGGCAGUUACUGUCGCAUCUCAAGAAAACCCUGGAGAUAGUUUCGCUUCGGAUCAUAUUAAGAAAGCUGUUGCUAAUCUUCAUAUUUUCAGACAUAUUGGGCAUGUUAUCACUGACAUGUUAUACCAUACAGCUUGGUACGUAAAAUGGGGUGCUUGUGCUGCCAUACUUUGUCUCGCCCGUUUCAUCCAUCCUUCUUGGUUCUCUUCAAAUCUCAUUAGUUUGCUACGUGGUUUGCUUUAUUGCAUUAAUAGCCUAUCGAAUCAAAUGAAUCUGGGUGCACUUGCAAUGGCUCGAGACUGUGCACGCAUAAUUAUUAGAACUGUUUUCAUGGGCUUUAAAGACACAAUUGAAAUCAACCAGUCUUUGAACACAACUACUGUUGAUGAUGAAGAUGCGAAAUCAAGCAAAUCUCCUACAUCAUAUAAUCGUAAACACUCUUCUGGAAAUCCACAGCGUCGUUCUGCUCUAGUUAGACGUGGUCGUAGUGCAGGUAGCGUAGCUGUCGGUGAAUUAGACAUGCCAGAAUUAUCUCCCAAUGAAUUAUUAAAUAGUGUUGAUGAAACAAAAGAAACGAAAACGAAAGAUAGUGAAAUGAUUUCUGGCUCCAAAUACUCUUCUUCUCUGUCGCUUUUAUUAGAUACGGUCAUUGUGGAGUUAUUGGAUUCUCUUCUAAGCGAAAACGAUUCUGUUCGAGCUGAAGCACGCUGCCUUCUAAGAUUGCUUGGUUAUACAGUUGGGCAACCCUUGUGUAAACUCCUAGCAUCAUAUUGGCAUAAACGAAUUGGACAUAUUUUACCCCCAAAAGCAUCCAGCCGUUUGUUGGAUUUACCCAUUUCAACUCAACUAGCUGUUCUGGAAACAAAUUACUUUUUUGGUCAAACAGAAAAGUCAAAGUCCUCAAACAAGACUUCGGAUAGUUUUAAACUCUUUGAUUUUGAUAUCGAUAGUAAUGAUGAUGGAGUGGGUCUUCUUCGUUAUGAUCUUUCUAAACGAGACGAUUGUGUCUUUCUAUCAGAUGUACGCUCAUUACUUACUCAAUGUGAAUUGAAUAUUGAUUCACUUGGUGCUACUAUGAAUACCAUCACUACUAGUACCACUCCUGCUACCGGUAGCAAUAGUAGUAGUUCUGCAGGGGGUGGAAAUAAUUCCACUGCAAAUUUAGAUCACGAUAAAUCUCAGUCAAGUGGAACUUAUCCAUAUUCUAGAUAUGCAUCGUCUAACUCUAAGAAUCCAGUACCAUUUUCUAGUUCUUGUCAAAGAUUUAUCAAUUUACGUGUAGCAGCUUGUCAGGUCUUGUCUGUCACUUGGUAUUUGGAUGCACAGAAGGCGCGAAAUUUAACAGCACUAUUCAAAGGAAUGUCUUGUAAAAAUGAAUAUAUUCAUGAAGCAGCUUUCUUAUCUCUCCGAGAGUUUAUAAGUAAAACAUCUAUCGACAUUGAAUUGAGACAUGCCAAUAUGAAACAGAUUGUACAGAAUGUUCGUCAAAGUUCAAUUCGGUGUAUUCAUACGAUACGGCAAUUAGCCUAUUGUGCUCAGUUGUUUCCGAGUACUCUUAGUGAACGUCUGUGUGAUGCAAUAUAUUCGCAUUUAAACAAUACUUUGGGAGCUGCAAUUAACAAGCAGAACUCUGCACCAAUUUCUCCAUUUACUUCCUCUAAUCUGGAGUGGUCUACACUGCUGUUGGAUUUAUUUCAUUUGAUCCCCCUGGCAACUUCUAAGUACAUUUCACUUUUAAUUGAGUCUGUGGUGAAUGCUGAGCGUAAAUUGCAUAUUGAACCUACAAGUCCUUUGCGUUUACCACUAACUCGCUUCCUGUCCCGUUAUCCUGCAGAAACAUGUGCUUUGCUACUAACUGGUUCACGAUGGCCGUAUGAUUCAUAUGCGAACAGAAUAUUCUUGUUUGCCCUUGGUUGCCCUCAAGGACUGCCAAUAGUGGAUUAUUUGAAAACAAACUAUCAUAUACUCAUAGACCUCAUUCAGCCGAAUGAAAUCGAUGAUCAAAAAGUAGGUGUAUGUGCAGAUGAUCAAAGUUGGACAUUAUGUUUGCCUCAAGUUGGAACUCUUCUAACUUUUGCCUGCCCUAGACAUCUAGCUAUUCGUGUAGUCCAUACAAUUCACCGGUUAUCGCCAAAUUGGCUAACUAUGAACAGUGUCUCUCCAAGUGAUGCAUGCAAAAACAGUACAAGAUUGAAAUCGAAUCAACUCAAUGUUUAUGAAACUAGGUAUCAUCCAUUAGUAUCAUCGCUGCUAGCUUAUUGGCGGUCAGAUUUGUUCGCUAGACGACAGGCUAACCUAACACUAAUAACACUAUCCAAGGAUGCUGAUCAAAAUCAAGUAUUGGAUGAAUAUGUUGCAGAUUUGUUUGAGUCAAGUGGAUCUGCUCCAUCGAAUCCACCACUUAGCAAAGCUGAUGUAUCUUCGGUUGAUAAAUUAUCUCUCUCGAUUGAACAGGAAGAUUUACCAUAUGAUCCUGGUUUACUUAUAUCCUCAGGCACAGCAGAUCAUACACACUGGGAUGAACCCAGACUCUUAUUGGACUGCUUUUUAGACUGUUUCAAAUCAUGUCCCGACGACUUCGAUUUGCUCUUCGUGAUUACAAUCGGUGUGACACGAUUACGUUAUGUGGCCGAUUUAUACCCCUUACGCUGUCUAUUGGUUCAGAUGAUCUCAGAUUCUAGUAUAACAUGGCAUCGCCAGUUAUUCCUGCAUUUUGUAUCGAUUGUUAAAAGUCGUCUCAAUUACACAGACGGGAAUAAUUCACCUGAUGUUAGCCCACAGCCUUCGGGGAUGAAUAGUGCUCUAUCGACGGAAGAUAUUUACAAAUUGUUGACUCAUCUUAUUCUUCCUUGCUUAUCGAAUGCUUUAGAGCGAGGUGAAAAUGAAGUCCUUCUUGGUGGACCAGCCAAACCUUUUGAGAAAAACGAUUGUGAUUUGGUACACUUAUUUGUCUCAGUUCUACUAGAAGAUCCAGCAGUCCGAAAAUGCACUGAACUCCGCGUUAUGUAUUAUCAGAUGGCUAGCUUAUUUGUUUAUUACGCGCCGAAUUAUGUGCACAUAGGAAAUACUAGUGAACAAGGAUAUCGACUUCACAAAUUCACCAGUAUCGCUCGACCGUGUUUAACCAGUAGUUUAGGUGCUGUAGACUUACAGGAAAAAUAUACUGGUCUUCAAUUACUUUCUCAUUUGAUUGCUAAAUUUAAUGUGGCUCGAGCAGCUACUGUCCAAGUAUUUCAAUGCUUAGCGAAAGGCGCACAUACAGAAACAAAGAAAAUUGUUAAUCCUGCCUUAGAUGUACUGAUUCCAGCUUGGAUACAAGGACCUGAAGAUCAGAAGGCUCUUGCACUAGCGACCAGGAAAAUUAUGCUAGAAGAUCAUGGUAUCCAGUCAUGCGUUCAUAUCCUGGGUAUUAUCGUUCGUCAUGCAGAUUUGUAUUAUUCAAUACGUCAUCAGUUAUUACCACAUAUAAUUGUAAUCAUUUCUCGUCUAUCAGUUCAACAGCUGCCGGUCGAACAGCGUCGACUGGCUUUAGAUAUGAUAUAUACUGCAGCUCAAUGGGAUUUUCGUAGUCGACGUGAAGCAGUUAAAAACCAAUCAAAGGAAAAGACUGAUGAAUUGAAUCGCAUAAAUGAGAAUAAUUUACCCGCGGAUAAAACUUCAACUACACAACCUGCUGUGACCGAAGUCUCCAACACACCUAUGGAUAAACCUCAGCGUGAUCAACUUGUAAACCUAAUGAUUCGCUUUGCUUGUCAAGCCAUUGAUCCUGGUCAAAGUGGAAGUUUGUCUGAACAGUCAAUAUCUCGUACCUUGGCUCAACUAGAAUUUGCCCUCCGCUCGGACGUAUGGGGUGGUGAAACUUGUGAACUUCGUCUCACGUUCAUCGACCGUUAUUUCGCUCCGGAUGAUGCAUCGUGUUCUCAUUCAGCGACUACUACAACAUCUGGUAAUGCUUCAACUCCUAGUCCUAAUUCACAUGGAAUUCAUGUGAGUGGAGCAUCGAGUUCCGUUCCGACAUCUACACCGUCCAGUCCUCAUGGGAAUGCACCAACAAGUAAUGCUCUUGGGGCAACACAGGUUACUAGUUUGUUGAUGACAUUAGAAGUUCUUCGUGUUCUCUUCUCAACGUUGGAAAGUCCGACAUUGCUACUCAAUGUAAAACAUUUUAGUACUGGACUAUGCAAUGUAUUAACAAGGCACCUGACGAAUGUACGCUUGAUGAGAUCAUAUGCCGGUCUAUUACGUGCUAUGCUUGAACGUUAUCCAGCUGAAGCAUCGCACCGUCAAAAAAUUACUGCUUAUCCUGAAUUAUUUGAUAUUUAUUCAGCAACUUUAAAAGCAAUACAAGAUUCAUUCACGUUUUUCAGUGAAAAUUUUUCCAAGACAACCCAGCUAACACGAUUGCAAUCAACAUUUCUUCUAUUUACGUCAACACAAGUUCAAUCAAAUCCUCAUGCGUUCGUUGAUAGAUCUAUUGUUCAUCUAGUCAAACUUGUUGAUCGUCUUAUCCAGGAUUUGGUUAGUCCUAAUUGUAGUUCUGGUGUGCAAGAAACUGGAACAUCAGCACAGCUGACAGAUUUACUAAUCAUGGGUCUUGAAAUGAUCAAGUCACGUCUGAAUGUUGUAAGUCAUGAAAUGCGUAAGACUGUCUUUGGACCAGAUCUAUGUCUUAUUAUGGAUCGAGCUCGAGAUCCUCGUUUGUUUUGUGCUGUUUUACAAGUUCUACGUGAUUGGAUAAAUGUGCCUAAAUCUGAAGAACAUUUUGCUCCAACGGCUCGUGAGAAAGUCAACUUUUUCUAUAGACUAUGGCAAUCUUAUCCACGUUGGAUUGACAGUUCUCCAGAUGUUGCACGAGAAAUCCUUGAGUGUGUCUAUGACGUUUAUGCCAGUGCAAGUGUAUUCAAAAAUCAUGAUCUUUAUGUGAAGUUGGAACAAGCUUUUUGUUGUGGUCUUAUAGCGCCAUUUCCUGAGAUCAGUGAACGUUUCAUUUCUUUGUACAUGGAAGCCUCGCAAAUUCGUUUCCCUCUAAACGGCAAUUUACGUCGAGUGGAUAUCGUUAAUGGUAAUGAAAAUAUUGUUCCAACCGAUUCUGCUGAUUCGCAUGCUGAUAAAGAUUCUUCAUCGUCAGAUCAAUCAAACUAUUCUUGUGCUUCGCUUUUAGUUCGACUUUUGUUCCUUAUUGUAUCAAACACUUGGGAUGAAGCACAUUUCUGUGAUGGUUUUUGGUUGCCUGUGUUCCUAGAUGUAUUGUUAUGCGAUGUGGAUACGUCUUUGCCAGUAACAUUAUCAAACAAUUCUGUAUUCUUUCAUAACAUUUCUACUGAUUUACCUGCUCCGUCGGCAAACAAUGUUCCAAGCAACGAUCUGGACAAACACAUUAGCAGUCAAUAUAUCGCUGAUUCAGUUAAUUUGAACAACUUCAAAGAGCUACUUGAUUCACAACUGAAAAGUUUACGUGAAUAUAGCAAAAUAACAAUUAGUCCAGGAUUAAGGGGUAUGCUGUGCUUGGCUCAUAAACGUCCAGCCUUAGCUAGUGAUAUUCUUUGUCAACUUUGGCCGCAACUCUGGGGUCGUUUGCUUUUGCAACAUUCAGAAAGUCAGUCUCUCUCAUCUGAAAUAACAACACGAGAUGCAUCUGAAACAAACUCAGUGACACAAGAACAAUCUAGUGCAUUACAAACAGGUCUGAUGCAUGAUUUAUCACAAACUUCAUGUUCAGAAUCUGCAGGUUCAUCAGAUAUACCUUUAAUGAAUGGUCAUGGAUUGUCUCCGAAUGAAAUUCGUGCAUUUGUUAUUCCCCAGUUAAUUCGUUUUUUAACUUCGGAUCAGCAUGUGCAUGCAAGCGUACCUCAACCGAAUGCUCUUGGGGCCUUCUUCAGUGCCCUAGCUUCCUGUCCAGAUACAUUACUUGUUCAUAUACCUCUGCAAGCAAUUACUUAUCUGGGACAGGCUCAUAAUCAGUGGUACACAGUUGGUUUGUUUCUCGAAUCUCUUUGCCUUCAUGCAUCUAAACUUGGUAAACAAUGUGUGUCAAACGAUUUGAUCUAUUCAGUAAGCCUACCGUCCAGUGAUCAAUCUGAUACCAGUCUUUAUGGUAUAAAGCCGAAUGAAUUCCCCUCUGGAGCCGCUUCUCUAUCACUAAUUACUUUAUAUCACGAAAUGAAUGAUGUUGAUUUUUUUACUUCAGCUUGGUGGUAUCGACUAUCACAGCAGCAAAAAUCCUCUUCCUUUGAAAGUACUAACGAUCCUUCACGAUCAUCUUCUUUGCUCAGGUGUUUAGAAUAUGCUCAGCAUGGUUAUCUGUUGCGAUCCCUGGAUUAUGCCAUGGACAAUCUCUCAGCUAGUCAUGUUCCCAGUAACCAAAGUUCAUCAGAACUAUCAGGAUUUGGUAGCUCAGCGUCAAUAAAUCGUGCAACUGCUGCCGCCUCUGCAUCAUCAUCCCUCAAUCGUACUAACAUUUUCUCUGAUCCUUCUAUACAUUUGGGAGAAUUGAUUAAUCGUGCACGUCUUCGGGACUACUGUAUUCUCUACAUGACUGGCUCUUUUGGUUCUGGUUCUACUGGAAGUGCAAAUGCAAGUUCCAGUUCAGGCAACUCUGGUGCUUCUGGAUGUUGGGGUCUGAAAGCUGAUGCUGCAUGGCGACGAAGUGAUUGGUCUGAAGUGUACUACAAUUUAGCUAGGCUGGCUAAUGAAUGUCCUAGUAGUGAACUGCCGAGGUAUGCCCUUAUUCAAGCAGCAGCUUGUGUAGCAGGACGUCGAGCGUCUGGAAUUGCAGCGGUCAAUAGUGCUAAUGCUGAUAUCGAUCCUUACAAUUCCGGCUUAAGUUCAGCUGAUUUGUCCACUACAUCAACUACUGGUCCUAAUUCAGCUGGUGGAAAUAAUACAGUCUCAACGAACGUAGCAUCAGCUUCUCAACAUUCAAAUGCGGCAUCUAUGACACCCAUGAACAAUAUGGUAACCAUGAUUCAUACUUCAGAACAAGAGAGUCACCGUGUAGUGACUAUAACACUCAUGGAAUGGCGCCGCUUGCCUCUUAUCGUUACAACUCAGCAUAUACCGCUGCUUCAGAUUGCUCAUCGCGCAGUUGAAAUAACUGAAGGUAAUAGUUUGUUAGCCCAGUACUGUGGUCAUGUUUUAAGUGGUUCUGGAGUAUCUGGUUCUGCAUAUUCUAGUCCUAGUCAAAAUAGCUCAGGUUCAUCGACUUCAAUACCACAACCUGGUUCCUCUUCAACAUCUGUCAACAUGCGAAUACCAUUUACUCAGGCACUUCAUGAUUAUAAAACCGUUUUCAGAGCAUGGCAAAGUCGGCCAUGUGCGAUUGGGGAUGACCUUGGUUUCUGGCACGAUCUCUUCUCUUGGCGACAGGUAAUCGAAGAAUGUAUGAUCAGCUGCCAUCCAUUUUCACAAAAACCCAAGUCUGAAAGUAACAAUUUACUUGCACUAUGUCAACGUGAGUUAGCACUCAGUCAACUUAAUCUGGCCCGUGGUGCGCGUAAAUGCCGUUUCCCAAGUAUUGCUCAACAACAUUUAGACAGGUAUACACGUAUGAAUCUGCCGCCAUUAUUUGAAAAAACUAAACAAGAAAUCAAAUUAAAGUUGGCUGAUCUACGUAAGGAUGAACUUCUAGAGGGAUUGGAACUUAUGGAGAAAACUAAUAUCCAACAAUUUGAGAAAAAGGAUAGAGCUAAAUUCUUCUGUUACAAAGCUGUUUUCUUCUCUCAUUUUAAUAAGGGAGAUGAAGCAACCAAAAACUUUGGUUAUGCAACUCAAAUGCAGGAUAAUCUACAUAAAGUUUGGUCAAUUUAUGGUGACUUUUUGGAAAAUGUUUACUCUAGCUAUCCAUCUCCAAAACGAGAAGUUGCUGUAUCUACAACUGGUAUUUUUGCGAUGCAAGCACUUAUGGAAGCUGCUAGUGUCUGUGGUAGUCUUGAACGAAAAAGUCGGUCCGAUAUAGCUAAGUGUCUAUGGUUAUUGACGCUAGAUGAUGUCAAUGGUCAACAGCGUUUGGCACACACGUUUGAAGCGAGAGCUAGUCGAGUUAGACCAGAAGUCUUCUUACCGUGGCUUCCAGAUCUUGUGGCAUCACUUCUACGACCUGAAGGCCGUUUCAUUGUCCCAGCUCUACGUAGAGUGAUCGUCUCAUACCCUACUGUUCUCUAUGGAUACUUAAAGGGUCUACAACACCAAUUAACCACAGAAGUAAAUAACGAUCAAAAGCUUGCGGAAAUUAUACAGAAUCAUGAAAGCAAAAAUAACCCAUUUAUCACUGCAAUUCACAAUCGUAUCACAUCAACACUUGGUUUUGGGAAAGAAAGUGUAGUAAAAUCUGAUAAUUUAUCUUGGUCGUUCAACCGUGAAAAUUGUGCAGUUGAUCCCGGUGACUCUGUACAUCGAUCUGGAUAUAAUUAUAGUACAUUUUCUUCAGCAUCGGCCUCUAAAGUUGAUUCGAAUAGUUCUAGCACCAACUAUUCUAGUGUUAGCGGAAUAAAUCCAUCAAAUGCUAUGAACUCAAAGAAAAAGAAACCUGUUGCUUCAGCCAAUCUAGAACAAGUAGUAGACGUUGAUUAUGGAAGCACAGUUACUGGUUGUUUAUCUAGUUCAGUUAAACCUGGUCUUCACUAUGCAAACAUACUAAUUAACCAGCUUCGAAGAAGACAUUCCUCUCGGUUGUAUGCUGUUGACCUCUUCACAAAUGAAGUAGGUGGUCGGUUAAGGCCUACAUGGGUUGAACAACUCCUAACUCAAUUAUCGUCACUUCUAGAUUAUCUUCAACGUCUUGCUUGGGCUCACUUGCAUCCAGGUGGGUCUUGGCGUUUUGAAAAUUUGGAGAGUCAGAGCAUUCCUAAUUGGUUGGCUGAUGAAUUGAAACAAAUUGCUCAUAAUUGUGGUUUGCCGAGAAACAAUUUCCCAUGCCAAGUAACAGAGGAUGCAAUGUACUCUCAAAAUUCAACAAAGCUUGAUUCAACUUCUCAAUCUGUUGCUUCUGCUAGUUCUCGAAAAGAUGAAAAAGAUAAAUCAAAAUCUCCAAAGUCCAAAUCUAGUAGUCGCCCCUCUGAUUACAUUAAGCCCAAAAGUGAUCCUGAUUGUGCUUGUGAGCGAGACGACGUUAAAUCAUCUAGUGGGACACAGAAACAGUCUGUUUUACUGACAAACGCACCGGUUUUUCAUGAAGUUAAUCAAAUUGCAUAUGAGCUUUUGUCUGAAGAUUGUGAAAGGGAUCCAUAUUUUAAGCAUCUUCGAGAUGUGCUUUCUACUGAAAUGGAAAACCUGCAAAAUGAGAGUAUACUGUCUCUGAUUCAGAAGUUAACACGACGUUGGUUGCCAAUGGUUGAACAAUACGUGGCUAACUUACCUGUUCGAACUCAUAUCGCCAGUUAUGGGGCAAGGCGUCUCUUAGAACUGCCUAGUCUUGUUUCUUCUGUCAGCGCGCCUAAGAUACCUUCAUCCGGAACAAAUGCAUCGAACGCACCACAAGUACAUUCCGUUUUCUCAUCAAUAUCAACAGUUUCUUGCCUUGAACUUCCGGGGGAGUCAGGGCUUCUUCAAUCCUCAGGGGUAAAUUUCAGCCCUAUGGUUACUCCACAUCACUUCCAAAACGAAGUUAGUCAACAAAUCGGUGGUUACAUCAACAACAUCCCUCUAUGUCUUCAUGUAGCCGAGAUUAUGCCACAUGUAGAACGUAUCCGGUGCUCUGCUGGUCAAUCCUCUCCUCCUGCUCGUCGUAUCGGCAUUCGAGCUAGUAAUGGUCGGCUAUUUUUCUACGACUUAGCGUGUAAUAAUACUUCUCCAAUCUUGGAACUAGCUGCCAUGCAGAUGGAUGCAUUAUGUUGUGCGAAAUACCAUGAAAUCCUUAAUGCAAUUUCCAUCAAAGAAGCAGUCAAUCUUGAGCAUUUUACUGAGAAAGAAUUUUGUUCACCGGCUUAUGUAAAAACAGCCAAAAGAAAUCUUUCGCUCUUCGUUCCAAGACGAAUGGAAGUUGGCCCUUCUGGGCUUCAUUUAACUCAGGUCGGAUCAUCCGUACCAGCAGCAAAUGUUAAUAUUGCUAGUGCAUGCCCUUUACCUUCUGGAAACCCGGUGAAUAAUCCUAGACUAACAGCUUUGGCAAGACCACCUCCUGUAAUUCCUAGUUCUGCCUCAAAUUCUGUAGAUGAAAAUCAACGCAAUCGGUUGACCUUAUCAUCAUCUGAAGAAAAGGUUAAACAGUAUUCCUGGUGUUUAUCUUUUGCUGAACCUAAUUUAUCGGUAAAUGGUGAUAAAGAUCAGUUUGGUGCAACAGAUGCCUCUGAAUUUUUAAAGGCUCGUAUUUGUAUUCCACCUCCUCCACCUCCUGGGCCGUUUCAAAUUUAG